UUUUUGGUGCCAUUUGUUACCAUGUUUUGUUUAAUCUGUCUGUGAUAGAAAUGAUGAAUUUUUAUGCGUUGUUGAUUUGCAUUGUUUAGAGAGAUAUCUAUGAUGUACUUUGAUUUAUUACUUUCUUUUUUCUUUUUAUUUUUUUCCUUUUUCUCUUUUAAAUUGUUGGAUGUUGAAUCUCAGUCUGUUGACUUACUCCUGAGUUGGCAGUCUUAAAAAUUAGGUUUUUGUUUACCAUUUGUUUGUUUCCCGAGAAAACUAAUGGGAAAAUCGAAUAUUUUCUGUUGUAUUGUUUUGAUUUUCAAAAAUUAGAAAAAGAAAAGCUUUUUAAUCAAGCUACAUAGUGGCAUUUUUCAUGUUGAGUCCUGGUUAAUUACUUAUGGGGUACAAAAUCAAGAAAAAUCGUGGUCUUCCGAGAUUUUCUGUUUCUUGUCUCUUUAAAUUCUCUUACUUACCUAACAGGUCAUUUUCUUCUUAUCAUAUGAAAACCCUGGUCUGCAAGUCUAUUAAUUUUUUAUGCUUUUAGACUUUGUUGCCUUUAAGAAUUUAACAUAACAAACCUUAUCCUGACUUUUAUUUGAUUCUCUUCAAACGUUUGAAUUUGAAACGUCCGAUUUUGCAGAGAUUCGUUUUAGAUAUUUGCUUAUUCAUUGUACAAUUUUGGCACUGUCUUAACACAACCCUUUGUCCCAGUCUAUAUAACAAGUUAAUUUCUUUCCAUAUUCACCAUUAAUACCAUCAAAACUUUCCAGUCAUUACAAGCAAAAGACUCUCACUUUGUUUUAUAUUGGUGAUGAAUUUUGUUGUUGUACAUCUGUAUUCUUGUUUGAUUUGGGGCAAAUGAAAGCAUGUGCUGUGGAUUAGAGCGAUUAAAACCCAAAUUGGAUCUGAUACCAUCAUCGUUGUCAUCAUCUCCUUUUUCCUUUUACAAGAGUAAACCUACUAACAUAGACAUGAAUAACUUGACUGUUGAAACUGAAGAUACUUUUGGUAGCUUGCUUGAUUUUGCCGCUAACAAUGAUGUUGAGGGAUUCAAACGAUAUAUUGAGCAUGACCUUUCGGGUAUUGAUGACGUUGGGUUAUGGUAUGGACGCCGAAAGGGGUCGAAGCAGAUGGUUCUAGAGCCUAGAACUCCUUUAAUGGUUGCUGCUACCUAUGGCAGUAUUGAUAUUGUGAAACUAAUUAUUUCUUUUUCUGAUGUUGAUGUUGAUGUCAAUCGGCCUUGUGGCCAUGAUAAGAUCACUGCCCUUCAUUGUGCUGCAUCGGGUGGUUCUGUGAGCGCAGUUGAUGUUGUGAAACUUCUCUUGGAUGCUGGUGCUGAUCCUAAUUUGAUCGAUGCCAAUGGUCAUUGUCCUGUUGAUGUUAUCGUAGUCCCCCCAAAAUUCCAAGAAUUGAAAUUUGCUCUUGAGGAGCUUCUCGCCACCAAUGGUUCUGUCGGUGAGCGCAACCCAAGGGUAUCAAUCGCCACUUCAAAUUCCAAUUCUCCACCACUGUCGCCAUCCCCGGAUAAUAGAUCCCUAUCAUCUGGGUCAGAUUCAACUUCUUCCCCCAAGAGUUCAAAGUUCAAUGAUGUUUUUGUUUCUUCUGCUUCAGAGAAGAAAGAAUACCCAAUUGACCCAUCAUUGCCGGACAUCAAGAACAGCAUAUAUUCAACCAAUGAGUUCCGAAUGUUCUCAUUCAAGGUCCGGCCUUGUUCUCGUGCCUACUCCCAUGAUUGGACCGAGUGCCCAUUUGUUCAUCCUGGUGAAAAUGCUCGGAGAAGGGACCCGAGGAAAUAUCAUUACAGCUGCGUUCCAUGUCCUGAUUUUCGGAAAGGGGCUUGUCGAAGAGGGGAUAUGUGUGAGUACGCUCAUGGGGUUUUUGAGUGUUGGCUCCACCCGGCUCAAUAUAGGACCCGGCUUUGCAAGGACGGUACAAGUUGCAAUAGAAGAGUAUGCUUUUUUGCUCACACACAAGAGGAACUCCGACCCUUGUAUGUCUCUACCGGUUCUGCUGUGCCAUCGCCGCGGUCUGGUUCGGCUGCCACUAAUGGGAUGGAUUUUGCUGCAGCCAUGAACCUCUUACCUGGUUCGCCAUCCUCAGUAAUGUCCCCAGUGCCAUUCACUCCACCCAUGUCUCCAUCUGCCAAUGGCAUUUCAAACAUGGGUUGGCCUCAACCAAAUGUCCCGGCAUUGCAUCUACCGGGAAGCAAUUUUCAGUCAAGUCGCUUGCGAUCUUCUCUAAAUGCAAGAGAUAUUGCAGCAGAGGGCUUAGAUUUGUUGCCAGAUUUUGAUGUGCAACAGCAGCUCCUAAAUGAAUUAUCCCGUCUCUCUCAGCCGGGUAAUUCUUUGAACCGGUCUGCUCAUUCAAAAACACUAACCCCUUCAAACCUCGAAGAUCUGUUUUCUGCUGAGAGCUCUUCUUCUCCCCGGUAUUCUGAUCAGGCAUUGGCUUCAGCUGUUUUCUCGCCUACACACAAGUCAAUGGUUCUCAAUCAGUUUCAGCAGCAGCAGAAGAGCAUGGUAUCACCGAUUAAUACUAAUUUCUCACCAAAAACUAUUGAUCACCCUCUUUUGCAGGCUUCCUUUGGAGGAAGAAUGUCUCCUAGAAGUGUGGAGCCUAUCUCACCAAUGGGCUCUCGGGUUUCCAUGCUUGCUCAACGUGAGAAGCAGCAACAACAGUUUCGCAGCCUUAGUUCUCGCGAUCUUGGCUCCAAUUCUGCUUCCAUUGUUGGUUCUCCUGGCGAUUCGUGGUUGAAAUGGGGUUCCGCCAAUGGAAAGGCAGACUGGACUGUUAAUGCUGAUGAAUUUGGUAGACUUCGCAGAUCGUCAUCAUUUGAGCUUGGAAGCAAUGGAGAGGAGGAGCCUGAUUUAUCAUGGGUUCAAUCACUUGUCAAAGAAUCUCCACAAGAAAUGAAGGAAAGGCCUGCAGCACCGGUCCUAGGUGGUGUUGAUGGAUCUGGAUCUUCUGGUGAGGGCUCAAAUUCGAACUCGCAGAUUGAACCAACCGAUCAAUCUGUUCUGGGGGCGUGGCUCGAGCAAAUGCAGAUUGAUCAGCUCAUGGCUCAGUAAAAACCUUUAACCAUCUUUUUACCAACAUUGAGGACAUGAAAGACUAUGCUUUUUUUUUAGGUAAACAAUAUAUGUUUUUUAUUAGUUUUGGGGUUUUGCUGGUAGAGGAAGGUGACAGUAAAAGGAGGAAAGCAAGGAAGAAAGAAGAAAAGAGAGCUCAAACAUUCAGAAGAAAAAUUAUCAAAUAUUUUUUGGGUGUCAUUUAUUAUUACAACUGAAGUUAGAAAGGGUAGAAAUUCAAAGGGUUUCAUCAAAAAAUGAAGUCCAAUUUCACCCAAAGAUUUUAGGUCUCUUUUAUUGUCAUUUUUUUUACCCUUCUUUGAAUGAGUUGAAAAAUGUUCCGUAAAACUGGAACUGAUUAUGUUUACUACUUACAGUUGUAAUUUGGGGUUAAUAAUAAAACUAGGUACCAGAAGAAAAUGUAGAGAUGAGAUGGGAAGAGAGUAUGAUCAUUGAUGUGACAUUCAAUUGAAAUGUGUUCAUCUCCCUACCAUAUAUUUUUAUUAAUAUACAAUUAAUGUUUUUUUU